AUGGAAGUGUCGCUCGGUUCCUGCGCAACCACUCUGGCGUUGGUGUGCACACCAAACUGGAAACCUGUUUACCCACCUACUUCGGCGCAUUCGCUUCUUCUCCCCGUAGUCCACACUCGGUCCCCUUCCGUCCCACACACGCACUCCCCUCCAUCGCUCACGCUGCCUCGCGAGACAGAGCACGCUCCCUCCCCUCCUGUCUCCUUCGCGCAAUCCCCAUUGUCGCGCACGCUCUGUUCCGUCGCGGAUUACAAAUUCCUUCCCAUCGCCCACGCGGGAGCGCCGAGACCGAUCAUGCACACUCCGUUCCGUCGCACACGCGCACUACGUUCCCGCCGCAAACGUGCACUCCCUUCCGUCACCCACGCGCACUCCGUCAGUUACCUCGGCCCACGCCCACUCCCUUCCGUUGGCCACGCUCAAGACCUUCCCGUUGCCCACGCUCACUCCCCUUCCUUUGCCUUCGCGCAAUCCUUACAUCGCACAAUCUCACCCCCGCUCGUCCCACACGGCCGAUUCCCUCUCGCCGCACGCUGCCGCCCACGCCGGGCGCUCUCUUUCAAUAUCCUCCCGCCGUCCACGCGCACUCCAUCCCGGCGCUGCACGACGACUCCCCUUCCGCCGUCCACGCUCACUCCCUCCCGCCGCGACGGUCCCCUCCGUCGCACAUGCUCACUCCCCUCUGUCGCCCACGCCCACUCCCUCUCGUCGCGUUCACUCCCCGUCGCGCACGCUCUUUCCCCAUCCGUCGCCCACGCUCACUGCCCGUACGUCGCACACUCUCACUCCCUUCCGCCGCCCACGCUCACCUCCCUCCCGUCACCUUCGCUCAUUUCCCCUCCAUAUCCCAUGCUCACUCCCCUUCCGCCGCCCACGCUCGCUCCAUCCAAGUCGCGUUCAGCCCCAUCCGUCACCCACCCUCACUCCAGUGCCGUCACACACGCACGCACCCUCCCCUCGACCGAGAAGGCAUUCUCCGCUUCCAUCGCAUACGCGUUCAUCUCCCCAUCCCUCAUCUCCCCAUCCCUCACAUCCCCAUCCCUCAUCUUCCCGCCCCUCAUCUCCCCAUCCCUCAUCUCCCCAUCCCUCAUCUCCCCGUCCCUCAUCUCACGUCCCUCCUCUACCCGUCCCUCACCUCCCCAUCCCUUCCCUCCCCAUCCCCGCCUCCCCAUCGCCUUCCCUCCCCAUCCCUCACCUCCCCGUCCCUCACCUCCCCAUCACCUCACCUCCCCGUCCCUCAUCUUACCAUCCCUCUUCUCCCCAUCCCUCAUCUCCCCAUUCCCUCAUCUCCCCGUCCCUCAUCUCCCCGUCCCUCAUCUCCCCAUCCUCAUCUCCCCAUCCUUCACCUCCCCAUCCCUCUCCUCCCCAACCCAGACCUCCCCAUCCCUCUUCUCCCCAUCCCUCAUCUCCCCAUUCCCUCAUCUCCCCGUCCCUCAUCUCCCCGUCCCUCAUCUCCCCAUCCUCAUCUCCCCAUCCUUCACCUCCCCAUCCCUCUCCUCCCCAACCCAGACCUCCCCAUCCCGCAUCUCCCCAUCCCUCAUCUCCCCAUCCCUCAUCUCCCCAUUCCGCCUCACCCCAUUCCGCCUCACCCCAUUCCAAGGUUCCCCAUUCCGCCCCAUUGGCGCUGGGGAAGGGAGUGUGAGGCGAUGGGGAAGGGAGUGUGAGGCGAUGGGGAAGGGAGUGUGA